AUGGAUCCUCCGCCAACCCCGCGUCAAGACUCCAAUGCCAAAAAACGAUCGACGCCGGAUACUUCCCGGGAAUUCUACCCACGCAAAAGAGCCCUAGUAGCCUGCGAGGUAUGCCGUAGGAAAAAGGCCAAGUGCGAUAACGAAAAGCCGGCUUGUGCGACAUGCCGUGACCUCGGCAUUGACUGCGUCUACCCGAGCUUAAAGAACCCCAGAUAUGAUUUGGCCAGUCUCGAAAUUCUGGAUAAGAUUGGGAAUGUGACAAAACUUUUGGAAACACAGAGUCUCCAGAUAUCGGAGCUAAUAUCUGACUUCCUCGCUGCCCAAAACACUCCAACUACACUUCCCCCUCAAGUCUCUGUUAGCAACAAUGAAGAGUUAAAUGCGCCUGGCUUUCCAUCAGUCCAGAAUUCUGGUGUUUCCGAAGACAUCAAUCGUCGCUGGUCCGGACCUCUUGACGAAGCUACCUUACUCUUGGAGUCACUCACCGUUGCAGAAAAAUAUACCGGGACGUGUGAGGAUUUACUGGAAUGGCCUAUCUUUGAAGCUCAACACGAUCGCUCUGAAAUAGAGAUCUUGAUUCUCAACCCAUCUCUAGCCCGCGAGGGUCAAGAAAGGGCCCAGGGAUUAUCUAUUGCCGCCGAUCCAGACAGACGAUCUGGUUAUGACCGGGGAAUCCGGGAAGAGGACGUUCCGAGGCUCCUUGAUCGCUUCCUGGCCAACGUGCACAUCAAGAAUCCUAUUCUAGAUACGAAUUACAUCAUACGCGUUGGAAAGAAUAUUGCUGAAAAUGGAUUCGAGUGGGAUGCCCCAUCAUGUCUCGUGCUAAUCGCAAGUGCUUUGGGGCGUCUCUCCUCAUCAUUCACGCCUGAACAUAUUGUUUCCCAUCAAACAUCAUCAAAUAGUAUCGAUGAUGCUGGUGAAUAUUCCACAGCAGAAAGCUACUACGUCGCUGGCCAAAAGCGAAUUGGCCUGCUCGAAACCUCAAUCAUCGCCUCCCAAUGCUACUUUCUAUCUGGCGUCUACGAGAUGUAUUCCCUGAGACCAUUGCGGGCCUGGUCAUCGUUUAACCGGGCCUGUGUUAUGCUUCAGACCUAUCUCAAAAUGAAGUUAAAGACAAGUGAAAGUCCUGCCGAGGAGCGACUGGAACGCCGUCUUUACUGGUCAUGCUUAAAAUCCGAGUGUGAGAUACGACUGGAGAUAUGUCUUCCACCAUCUGGUCUCUCCACGAUAAACUAUCCAGAUGCGCUCCCAACCCCUCCCGGCGGUGAUCCAAAUUUACUCCCCGGUGGCUUAAGCGGUGAUCCCGAUAGUCACACCCCGGGGUUGAGUGCAGAGCUGGAGCAGAGCUGGUUCUAUUACCUUUCCGACAUCGCUGUUCGUCGAAUCGCAAACCGGAUAGUCAAUACCUUCUACCAGGGCAAUGCAAGCAUGUGGUUAUCGAUACCCAUUGACAGAAUGACCCACGCGGCAACUGAGCUAGAGCUUCAGCAAGAGGCUAUUCCUGAUGCCAUGGCUCCAUCGACUGCUAUAUCCCCAGAUGUCCACUCCGAGGCGCUCUGGCUUGUUCAGCGUCGAGUGCCAGAGCUUCGCUUACUCCUCUACCGCCCAUUUCUCUACCUUGCAAUCCAUCAAUCACCAUCGUGGCCACACCAUACUGUGAUCAUACCUUAUGUUGAAAUUUGUCUCGACGGCUGCAUCAAAGGAGCGCUCCAGGGGGUCCAGCGCCAUCGCCACCACGGGACUUGGUAUGUGAACCGGAUUGUAUUUUCCUGUGCCUUGAUGAUUCUUGCCGCCGUUAAGAGUCGUCGUGUGGAUGUUCCCACUACUUGGCAAACAGCUGUACAUACUGCUAUAGCUGGGUUGUCAUUUUGGGAGAAGGAGGCGCCAGAUUUGGGAAAGGGAAGAGUCAUAUUACAAACAAUCCUUUGCAGUAUUGACAAGAUCGAUGUUGAAACGACCACAACAUAG